GAGAAUUGUUCGGGGGCUGUUCGUUUGCUGAUAUGGGUGGACAAAGUCCAGAUACCCACAGUGAGGCUCCAGACUUCUGAGAAACGUGGGAUACGGGUAGAUGCGGGAUGUUUUUGAUAAGUAGCCUGCCAACCUGAUGUUUACUUGAAUUUUACUCUUCUUCAUUGUCUCUUGUUCAGGAUUGGGUAGUGUCAUGCCAGUUUGCAUUUGGAAUAAAAACUGUUUCAGAGUGACCAGUAAUCUCAUUACCGAAAACAUGACAAUUGCUGAUUCGAAUUCAAGUCAUGAGCGGCUCUUCAGGUGACGCAGGACUUUUAGAGAGCAGCUGGAAAGGCUCGAAUCACAUGCGCCUGACCUAAACGUGCACAGGGCUUAAUCGCUGCCCGUGGCCAGCUGCAAGCGCUUCGUAUUCCUACAAGUAUCAUCACACCACAGGUCAUUAUGUGGAGAAGGAGUCCUAGAGAAUUUGACGAGAACAACAUAAUUAUACUGAAAUGAGAACAUUCUUUGUUUUAGUUGAGAAUGAUGCAGUGGAAGCGCAAAGGUGAAGUCAUGAACAUGCCUGGAGCCACUUGAGAAUGCAGCCUCAGAUAAGAUAAGGCACUAAACCCGCUGCAGCCACAGCCAAGCACUUCUGUACUUGUACUUGGCAAUGAUGUAGAAAGUCGAGGGGUCCGGCUGAUUCCGAUGCCUUGCACCCCGUAACGUGCCCUCAAAUGAUGGCAGAUGCUCUCUUCGCCGGUGCAAAAGUACAGGUACGCAUUGCAUCCGAGGCACACAAUCACUGGUGCUAACGCAAGCCCCCCGUGCCAUCACCAAUCCAGCGCUAAGAAUAAGCCUGGAAAUGAGAUGAGCCUCUGAGCCUCGCUGCGCUGUGACAGGUGGCCCCUGCACGUGACCAGCGCGCCCACCGCCCAUCCCAUUGCCCGUCCAUCCCCAGCCCAGCCAACGAGCCGUCAUCUUUCCCUGACGUACUCGAGACUGCGCUCCUUUGACCUCGAGCCAACCAUCCGUUUCGAUCGCAACCUGAAGCCUUCACCACUGAUUCUCGUCUCGUCUCUCUGUCCUGCUUCUACCAGCAUCCCGCUCAGCCCACGCAAACCGCCAUCAUGAACCCUGAAUACGACUACCUCUUCAAGCUCCUCCUCAUCGGUGACUCCGGUGUUGGAAAGUCUUGCUUGCUGCUGCGAUUCGCCGACGAUACCUACACUGAGUCUUACAUUUCCACCAUCGGUGUCGACUUCAAGAUCCGAACGAUAGAGCUCGAUGGCAAGACCGUGAAGCUGCAAAUCUGGGAUACUGCCGGCCAGGAGCGUUUCCGAACCAUCACUUCAUCGUACUACCGCGGUGCCCACGGCAUCUGCGUUGUCUACGAUGUCACCGACAUGGACUCUUUCAACAAUGUUAAGCAGUGGCUCCAGGAGAUUGAUCGGUAUGCCACCGAGGGCGUCAACAAGCUGCUCGUAGGCAACAAGAGCGAUAUGUCGGAUAAGAAGGUUGUUGAGUACUCCGUCGCCAAGGAAUUCGCUGACAGCCUGGGCAUCCCUUUCCUCGAGACUUCCGCCAAGAACGCCAGCAACGUUGAGCAGGCUUUCCUGACCAUGGCUCGCCAGAUCAAGGAGCGCAUGGGCACCACGACUGCCAACAACACGAAACCCAGCGUGCACGUUGGCCAGGGCCAGGGUGUCGGCAACUCGUCCAGCAGCAGCUGCUGUUAAACGACUUAACCGCUAUGGUUUCGUGUGUUUUCGCUUUGUCGUGGCCGAGUCCGGUGACAGGAUGCUUAGAGCAGUGUGAUGUCCCUUGGGAACCGACUGAUCAAUGUUUGUUAUGACCUUUUUCCUCCGCUAUUCUAGGGUUUUCAGUUUGCCCCAUUUCUGCGCAUAGAUUACAUCAUGUCUUGUUGGAUCUCGCCCCUUCAGACACGCACACACAACGUGGCAUCCUCGCUUGCUUUUUAGGACACAUAAGGGUCGGAUGGGAAUGGGAGAGACGGUCAUACGAGAGGAAGGACGUGAUACACAAUUGGGAUCAGGGCGCAAAAUUCACGAGAAAUGAGGAUCUUAUGGGUGCGCUGAGCUGUACUUUCACGCCUUCCCUUGUCCCCCCAUAAAUGACUUCCCUUCCAUGGAGAUUACGAUUUGGGAGAAUAAUGGACGUUUAUGGAAAUUAUGGCCCUUUUUUGCAGCAAGCUUUGGCUUUUUUUUUUGUUGGUAUUAUUUGCUCGCUAUUUUCGUCGCUUUCUGCUUUUUUUCUAUGGUGCUAAAUUCCGGAAGGCUUUCCGGUGCCUCUUUUUCGUCUUUUCAAACCCAAUCUUUCACGAGGAUGGGGGUACCAUUAAUACACAGGGGAAUUGCGUAUUAUUCUAGGUUACCGUUAUUGUGCUGCUGCUACGUAAUUACCGGUUUUUAUUGCC